UAUAACGCGGGAAGUGGAAGGAACCAAAACGUUGCAGCAGACAACAGAGAAUAUUUAGCGGAGGUUAUUUAUUUAUUUUUUAACUUAACUAAUAAACUUCUCCGUGAUAGAUUCACCUUCGGGUUGAAAUAGAGCUAUAGUGAAAAAUCGGCUUCCUCCACUGGCAGGCACGGUUUUCAUAUUUUAGCAUUGGUAGUGUUUUUAAGCUUACUUAAACUAACCAGCUGGCUUGGAUUAGCUAAAUGGAUCUCACGGAGGACUUGACACCUAGAGUCCUGCUGAAACAUAUUCUCGUCACAGAGCCACCCAGGACCCCUGUCACUCGCAGUGAGACCAGGGGGCAAAGUUCCAGCGGAGUCCGGCGAAGGAGCCGACAGAGCAAUAAAAAAGCUGAGACCCAGACCCCACAAAGCAUCCUACGGCGCAGCCUGAGGGAGAAGAUUCGUGAGGAUAUAACUAGGAAGUCACUUCCUGCUACUAAACGGAGGACUGGCUCAGUCGUGUUCAAGAGGAUACAAACGCCCGCUGCAACAUCAUUGUUUUUGAGUGAUGGAGAUACUCCCAGGUACCUACUCAGGAACAUCUUGCAGACAGAGCCUGUGAAGUCACCUGUGGUUCAUGAGAAAAGGCCAUCUGAACAGCAAUAUCUGGCAUCAGCUGACAAAAAUGCUACCAGAACACGUCCCAGUGUUGAGCUGUCAGGGCUGGACCUGCCUGAUAUAACAAUUAGCCAUGAAGCAAGCACAGCAAAGGGACUGAGCAGGAAGAGACCACGUCGGAGCUUUAAUGUAACGGCUUUUGAAAAACGUCUUAAAGAUGGAGAUGAUGCUGAAGAAGAAGCUGAUAAUUCAACAGACAACCAUUCAUCACUUUCUGCGUCAAGCUCCACCUCCUUGACUCUAAAAACACCAUUUGUUGAUGUUCGGACGGAAAAAAAGGGUUUGCAGAGAAAAAUUUCUAACCGCCGAAAAAUCACAGAGGAAGAAUUUGGAGCUGCUGUGAACAGACGGCAGAUGGGAGUGGUAAGCAGCUACAACCAGAAAGAGCGAGAUCUCAGUGAGAUGACCUACUCUGAGGAUUUUAGCCUGGGUCUAAGCAAACUUGAGCCUGAUAUCACAACUGAUAUUGUGAACUGUAACACAGCUCUUUAUGAUCUACCUGAUGCCAUGACUUCCAACAUUUCCAUUGUUGCAACUCAAGACAAGCCCACUGUAAUGGCGUCUCAGCUUCAGAGAGGGAUGCAAGAGAUUGAGCAGGAGGAGGAAGUGGAGCUGAUGAAUGAUCAGUAUGUUUCUGAAGCCCAGUUGCAGGAAGAUGUAGAUGAAUCUGAACCCCAAAAUAAGAAACCUCAUGAUCAACAAGAAAAUGCUGCUGUUACUUCAACAUCUGCGGAAGAGGAGGGUUCAGUCAGGUCUCAGACUGUUGACACAGAUGUUGGAACUGAGUCUGAGGAAGUUGAAGCGCAAACUGGAGACGAGGCUGCAGCUGACUCUGACUCUGAAGAGGCUGCUGAGGCAAAUGAUCAGUUUGAGGGAGAACAGGUGGCACUAGACUCUGAAACAGAAGAAGAGGAAGGUUAUGCUGCAUCUCAAGUGGAAAUGGGUAAAGCUGAUUCCCAGUCUGACAAUGUUGAGGCAGGUUCUCAGUCUGAUGAAGAGGAAGUUGUACUGGGCUCUGAGGCCAAAGAGGAUGAAGAGGAAGAAGGUGAAGCGGAGUUGCAAAGUGAAGAUGUUGCAGCUGAUUCCCAGUCUGAGGAUGUUGAGGCGGGUUCUCAGUCUGAAGAGGAAGUUGUACUGGGCUCUGAGGCCAAAGAGGAUGAAGAUGAAGAGGAAGAAGAAGAAGGUGAAGAGGAGUUGCAAAGUGAAGAUGUUGCAGCUGAUUCCCAGUCUGAAGAUGUUGAGGCAGGCUCUGAGGCCAAAGAGGAUGAAGAGGAAGAAGGUGAAGAGGAGUUGCAAAGUGAAGAUGUUGCAGCUGAUUCCCAGUCUGAGGGUGUGGCAGCUGAGGAAGAUGAGGAUAUAACUGAGUCUCAGAGUGAAGAUGAUCAUCAGGAGGAAAGAGAAGAGGAAGAGCGGGCAUCAGAAGAACUGGAACUUGACUUGGAGCACACCAGCCGAUGGGCUCGCCGCUCUAAGGGUGCUCUUGUUGUACCCAUAACAGAGGCAGGGGAGGAGUUGGCCGAGUCCACUGUGGCAGGAAGGUCUGAUUCCAAAUCCAAAGCACACAUCGGUGUUGAGUUAAACGCCAGCCUUGAAAGGAGAAGCCAGGAGAGCAGUCAGCUUCACUCUGGGAGUCCUGGUGGGGCUGAACCCUCAGUGGACGAGCAGGACCAUGUUUCCUGUCCUGAGACCGAGCCAGAAGCUGGAAAAGGGAACUCGUUUAAUCUUCUUCAGGUGACUCAUGAAAUUGAAAUCAGCAGACACCUGGAUGACCUUUCACCUGAAGGAAUCCCUGCUCCGGAUUCUGAUGAGAAAGACGAAGAGUGGGAGGAAGAUGAUAACGAUGAUGUUGAUGAUGAUGGAGAAGAAGGUGAAGAAUUCCCCUCCAAAACACCUGCAUUUGUCAGAGAGAAAAGGAACUUCUUUCUUCCUGAUCCUCAGGCAUCACCUUCGGUUUUCAGAGAUAUUGAGCCUAGCAGUACAACUGAAGCUGCAGCUAAACCGAAGCAAGUGAAACAGAGGAAGACGAGGCCAUCUAUGAAGAAAGCAGUUCUUCCUAAGGCCUACCUUAUGAGUGUGUUCAAACACUUUGCCAAAACAAAGGUGUCUGCAGAUGUUUUCCCCGUCCUAAAUGAAAUAAUGGAUAAAUUUUUGACCCGGAUGGCUGAUGACUUGGAGACGUAUGCCAACCAUGCAAAGAGAACAACCAUUGAUUUUGAAGAUGCUAAACUUCUUUUGAAGAGGCAGGGUUAUGUAAAUGACAAGGUGCCAGUGGAGGUGCUAAUUGAAAAAUAUCUUCGUAUGGAGCAGCGAAAGCUCUUAAUACCCAUUGCAACCAGCGGAAAUGUUGUUAUUCCAAAAAGGCGAAGGUGAAUCCUGUGGACGUAGCUGCAGUUCAUCUGUCAGGCUCCUGCUUGUUUCCUUUUACACUGCAUCUAGCAUUUAUAUAUCUAGCAUAUAAAGAUAUUAAUCUUGGCAUAAAGAUUUCUGUAUAUGUAAAUAUUUGUCAAGAUAUUCAUGAAUAUGAAUGUGUCUUGUGUAUAGGGCCUUUUCUUUUGUCUACAUAAUGCUGUAUAAAAGAAAGAUUGCGUGUUCUAGCAUUGGAUUGUGGCAAUAUGAUAUAACAUUACCUGAGUAAGUCAAAUAAUUUUUUUUCCUGUUUUCUCUUUUGUUUAUAAUAUAGAAAAACACAUGUAUUUGAUACUAAAAUGUUCUGACUUCUGAAACUAAGGUUUAAAUAAAGUCUUUAUUUCACACA